UAUAUAGAGUAAAUGUGAAUAACAAAAUAGAAAUUACAAAUGAGACAAUUCUCACAAUAUAUGAAAACAAUCUCCACUAGAAGAUAUAAGAUGAGAGUUUGGAAUCAGUGGUUAUGCUAACUAGCUCACGACCUGAGCGUGUUUGGAACGGUUUCGACGAAAAUCCCUUGUACUAUCUCUGUGACAACAUUUCAACGACGUUCCCAGAUACAGCACACGUUUCGCUAACCCCGGACAGAAGCGGAAGAGUAUAGGGGAGUUAAAACACACGUAUAAAUACACUCGAAUGCUUACAACCGAUCGUUACAAAGGGCACACAGAUGCAAUGGAGCUAGCAGCAAGCUAAUUUCGCCAUCUUGCAUUCAUUCAACUCUGCAGUAGGAAGGAUCAGCGAGGAUGGUAUUAACGCAAAACUCGAACGUAUAUAAAGGGGAUUUGUAAAUGCUUACGUGCGCUACGGAAAACGGGUAUUGCAAAAACGACAAAGUAGAUAAAAGAAACGCGUAAAAAAGACAAACCUGUGGUGCACAACACCUCGCUCGUCCUUCUCUACCGGACUUGCUAAAGUGUAGCGAAGCUGUGUGGCGAUUGGCGGAAGUCAGGGCAGUGCUCCAAACACAGCAAUUCUAUUGGUUAGAAAAUCUGUCAAUCGAAUGAAAUAGGCGUUCUAGUUGCAAAUACAUACCCUCCUUCCGGUUACAGCGACUGUUGAAAAAUAUCAAGCUGUUCAAGAAAUUCCCGUUUAUAAGAUGCCAGACCAGAUUCUCCGCUGAUGCCAUGCUUACGAACAAGUCGAAGCAAACCAAGUCCUUAAAGGGGGUCUGAAGUCAACAGCUAAAUAAAGUAAUUUCAUAAAUAAGGACAUGUAUUGUAUACAUAGUAUAGAUAUCUCAGUAGCAUCAAAUAUGUUCACUGUCUUAGAAGGUUAGUGGUGCUACUGUCGCAUACAGUACAUGACUUCAGGAGCAAAGUUGUGUGACUGACAGAAAACAGCGUUUGGUCACCAAUGGCUCCAGAAGUAAUGGUUCAUGCUACACAAGCCUGGCUGCAAUCCUCCUGGCAAGUCCAGGUGCCUUUUGCCUGGCUGGAAGCCUGUGUGGAGUGGCUGCUGGAGGAAGCUGGGGGCACUGGUCGUCUGUCCCAGCAGCAAGUCAACCAACAGGCACUGGACCAGUGGCUGUUGACAGACUUGAGGGACUUGGACUUUCCAGUUCUUCCUCAGGGACUAGCUCAAGCCCAGAAGACGCAGCUUAGGGGGACCUUCUGUGUACAAGUGGACUCACUGCUGGACGUCAGCCAGCCCGCCUACACUCAGCUGCAGAAGUGGAGAGGAACAGAGUGUGGCAAUGAUGAAGUGUCAGCAGUCACACAAAACACUCAGAGACCCUGGGAGGCCAAGCCGACACGGAUGCUGCUCAUGCAGGUCACAGAUGGAGUCCAGACAUUGGAGGCGAUGGAGUAUAAGCCAAUAACAGCACUGAACACAGCACUCAGGCCUGGUGUCAAGCUGCAGCUGAGUGGAGAGAUGACCUGCAGACUCGGAGUUCUCCUGUUAGAGCCUGGGAACAUUAAGGUUCUGGGUGGUGAAGUGGAAGACUUGGCAGACAGAAAUAACCAGGGUCGGAUUUUGUGUCGGACGCUGGGGAUUCCAGAAGAGGAGCAGCAACAUAAUGAAGAGGAAGCUCCUCCGUCACAUCAGGCUGAUGGUCAUGUGGUUGAUGACCUUGAACUGGAUGACCAGGAGCUGCUCUCCAAUCUGGAGGCCCAGGAUCAGCAACAAAUGGUUUCAGCUCUCACGGACAGUGGGUACGGAACUGUCAGUGAGACCUCCACACAGUUCUCCAGAAGCUCAUCUGCAAGGAGUUUCAUCUCAAAUAUUUCAUCCAGAAGUGACUCCAUUGCUCCAUCUCACAGAGGCGGUUUAACCCAUACUAACAGAAGUAAUUCAGUGAACGGCCAAGAAAAUUCACACCUCAUGGACCGUCCAUCUUCUGUCCACAUGAACGACCUGGACAACGUAGACCAACACAUGGCCGAUGAGGACUUCCCUGAAGACUUUGACAACCUUCCUCUGGAUGAGUGGGAAAAUACUGAGGAGCAUAUAAAUGAAGAUUUGGCUUCUAUGAGGAGCAGCAGCAACGUUACCGGAAGAGUAAACAAUUCGAGCAGGUCACCAAAACCACAGAGCGGACACUUCGAGCACAUGGGGUCAAGUUGCAUCCGACCAAGUUUGGGCAUGACCUCUCAGAGUUCUCAUCAAGCUGGUAUGCUUGAUGAUGAGCUCAUGGAGGAAGACAUGGAUUGUUUUCCUGUAGAUGGAAAUCCUGCUGAGGUAAAAACGGAUCUAAACCAGGGCAAACCAAAACCAUCCAACCAACCAACAACUGCAGGUCACGCAUCAUCUUCUGAGGUAAACAUCCCAAGCAAGUCUGCCCAACAUCCACCAUCGGAAAUGGAGGCGCGGGAAGUCACUGCUCCCUUGGGGGUCACUCUGACCUCCGCGCCUUUCACCUAUUUGUCCCUGGUGGAGAAGCAAAUGGCCAAACCAGACUGUCAGAAUCUGGAAGUCUGUGUGAAGGCUUUCAUUGUGACACUUUUGGGAAAACUGAGCAGCAGUGACGGCCUAUGGAGAGUCAGUGUUACUAUCUCUGAUGGAACCGGUUACCUGGAUGUGGAGCUGUCAGAUGAGGUGCUCAGGGGGAUGCUGGGCUUCUCAGUAGCAGAGAGGUCACUUUUUAAGCACGACGCCACCCGCAGGAGUCAACUCGCCGCUGGGAUGAAGAGGUGUCAAGAGGAGCUGGUGGACAUGUGCUGCCUAAUGACCGUCUCCAUUCAUGCAGACCGCAAGAACGGCGUGGUGACCAAAGUGCAGCCGGUCAGUGAGACGAUACAGCAGCAGCUGGAGCAGAGGGUGAGGAAUAAAUAGCAAGAAAGCCCUUUGUAAUGUUCCAUAUUGAUCUGUUGCAUAGAAAAUGUGUGUGUUUCAUUCAUAAGUGUCCAGUCAAAUGUUGAGCUUCUUUACAACACUUGACUAUUAAAAUUAUUUUAAUGUCAUACUCAGUUGAAUAAAA